AUGAAUCCAAUUGAGCCCUUCUGGGGGCCGCAGACCUCUUAUCUAAAUUUCUGCGAAGAAGACUACGUCAUCACCCGCUACGUGGCCGAGUUCAUAAACACUCUGAGCAGCCUCAUCUACUGCGCGUUUGGGCUCUACGGCCUCGCCAAGCUCCAGCGAAAGCAACAAGCCUCGUUCUCGCGCUGUAUUCCAUACUAUGGGUUGAUCGGAGUCGGGGUCUGCUCGGCAGGCUACCAUAUGACCCUCAAGUAUCACACCCAAAUGUCGGAUGAGCUGUCCAUGCACCUCCUGACAACUCCUCUCCUGUACCGCAUCCUCACUUUCCAAAUGGGGCCCCAGCACACCAGACUCGUUGGGGCUAUCCUCCUCGCGCUCUUCACUAUAGUUAUGGUCGUGCACAUGGUCAUGGACGAAUUCCUUCUCCACGCCGUCUCGUUCGGCGCCGCGGCGCUUCUCAUCACAAUCAGAACAAUGAAGACUAUCCCCCGCCAGAUCCCAGAUCCGUCCAUCCGGGGUAAUAUGAGGCGGAUAUCGCGCUUUGGACUGUGCUGCUUUCUCUUCGGCUAUGGCGUCUGGCUGAUCGACAACUUCGCCUGCCCAAGUCUGCUGGACGCCCGGAAGUUCGUCGGUACCCCGCUAGCAUUCCUAUUCGAGUUACAUGGCUGGUGGCACGUUUUUACCAGUAUUGGCGGGUAUGUCGCUGUCGCGACUGUGGACUUGAUUACCUCAGGCGAGGUAGAUGAAGAUCCAACGCCUGAGAUGGCAUUCCCAAUUCCUCCCGUAGCGAGACUGCUUUCUGGGAUUAGUGAGAAGGGGGCGAAGAAAGGGGCUUAG